UGCAGAGUGUUUUGGGACAAGAAAAUUUUGUUUUCUUUUAUUAAAAUGAGCAACAAAGCGUCGAAACCAAACACUACAGCCAGCAGUAUGCUGUACGGCUCCAGCAUAUCUGCCGAAUCAAUGAAAGUGAUAGCCGAGAGUAUAGGCGUGGGAUCUCUAUCAGAUGACGCUGCUAAAGAGCUUGCUGAAGAUGUAUCAAUAAAACUAAAGCGCAUUGUACAGGACGCCGCAAAGUUUAUGCAUCACGCUAAGCGGCAGAAGCUCUCCAUCAAGGAUAUCGACAUGUCGCUUAAGGUGCGCAACGUUGAACCACAGUACGGAUUCGUGGCCAAAGAUUUUAUACCAUUUCGUUUCGCAUCCGGCGGGGGUCGAGAACUGCAUUUUACGGAAGAUAAAGAGAUUGAUUUAAGUGAAAUAACUUCCAACAGCAAUGUAAAAAUACCACUGGAUAUAACGCUGCGAUCGCAUUGGUUUGUGGUGGAUGGAAUACAGCCCACAGUGCCAGAGAAUCCUGCACCCCUGUCUAAGGACUCACAGUUCCUAGACUCUGUGAAUCCUGUUAUCAAAUUGGACCAAGGACUAAACAAAGAUGCUGCCGGCAAACCAACCACUGGUAAAAUACACAAGCUCAAGAACGUGGAGACCAUACAUGUCAAGCAGCUGGCAACACACGAGCUAUCUGUGGAGCAGCAGUUGUACUACAAGGAAAUAACCGAGGCCUGUGUGGGCUCGGACGAACCACGUCGCGCUGAAGCUCUGCAAUCACUUGGCUCUGAUCCUGGCUUACAUGAGAUGCUUCCACGUAUGUGCACCUUCAUAGCCGAAGGCGUUAAGGUGAAUGUGGUGCAAAAUAAUUUGGCAUUGUUGAUUUAUUUAAUGCGCAUGGUACGCGCGCUGCUGGACAAUCCUUCGCUCUUUUUGGAGAAAUAUCUACACGAACUUAUACCCUCAGUGAUGACCUGCAUAGUAUCUAAGCAGCUAUGCAUGCGACCGGAACUGGACAAUCAUUGGGCCUUGCGUGAUUUUGCCUCACGUCUGAUGGCGCAAAUUUGCAAAACAUUCAAUACGCUUACAAAUAAUCUACAAACGCGUGUGACACGCAUUUUUAGCAAAGCGCUUCAAAAUGACAAGACACAUUUAUCUUCGCUAUACGGCUCCAUAGCGGGAUUGUCCGAGUUGGGCGGCGAAGUGAUCAAGGUAUUCAUAAUACCGCGGCUCAAAUUCAUAUCAGAACGCAUUGAACCCCACCUGAUGGGCACCUCUAUGAGCAAUACGGACAAAACUGCCGCGGGUCACAUACGUGCCAUGCUCCAAAAAUGCUGUCCGCCCAUAUUGAAGCAAAUGCGUAGUGCUCCCGACGCAGCGGAGGAAUAUAAGAACGAUUAUGGCUUUUUGGGACCAUCGCUAUGCCAGGCGGUGAUAAAGGUGCGCAAUUCGCCAGCCAGCAGUGCAAUAACGUUAGCCUCAACCAGCAUUAGCACGGCGCCCAUAACGAGCGCCGCCCAGACAGCCACAGCCAUUGGCCGUGUAUCAAUACCCAACGCCCAACGACAAGGCAGUCCUGUAGUAUCUGCGCUGCCUCAGAUACGAGCCCUACAGGCGAACCAGCCAGCACAAAAGUUUCUUAUUGUUACGCAGAACUCGCCACAGCAGUCACAGGCCAAGCUGGUGCGUCGUGGCAGCUCGCCGCAUGGCUUGGUGCUAUCUUCCUCCUCAGCGAAUGGCGCCAAUGCAUCGAACUCAAAUUCCUCAUCAGCUGGCAGUAUAGGAGGCGGCACUAGCAGCAGCCUGCUGUCCGCAUCGCGCAGCAAUGAGAAUAGCAUUUUGGAUGCCAAUUCAUUUAUCAUUGAAACGGAAAUUGUGCGCGUACCGCCCGAGCUGGAUGACUUGUCGCAUCUGGAAUAGCCUAACUCUGCAGGGCCCUCAAAAACAACAAUUUAUUAGCUCUUAAGUGAAAAGUCUUUUUGUACAACAAGUAUGCAAUAAACAGCACUAAACAAGUUGCCACAAGUG